AUGUCUCCUGCGAUAUUCGAGUCUCACCGGAGAACGCCCUCUGGUCAAGACCCCGACCGUCGGAAAUCUGGAAGCGGUUUUCUUUUCCUCAACAACCGUUUCAAGAGCAUGUAUCGCUUGAGUCGCUUCCCCUUGUUUUAUGCCGGAUCCUGGACCCGCUUCGCCAGGACCGGAUGCAAUAGCGUGCGCCGCGGCUUUGACGAUCCCCACCAAACUUGCAUAUCCCUCGAGCUGUCCAACGGUCGACAACCUCAAGCCUUGGAGUUCAUCGGCUUGCAUAUUUGA